GAUGGCGCCACCGUACUUCUACUACGGAUUUCUGCUGCCGCUCUGCGUCAUACUCGCUUGCAACGUCGUCGUCCUUGUUCUCGUCGUCAAAGCUUUCACUUGCGACCGCAAGAUGGCGCUGCGCAGCAACCAGUCGCGUCGCGUCGUCGUCGUGCGACAGCUGGUCGCCCUGGCGGCGCUUGUCGCCGUCAUGGGCCUCACGUGGCUGUUCGGUCUCCUAGCGGCUGCCGGCUGGCUCGCCGGACACUAUCUCUUUUGCAUCUUCAACUCGCUGCAAGGUUUUAUCAUCUACUUCUUCGCCGUACUGAAGAGCAAGGCUGCG